AAAUAAAAUCCAACAGAUGCCAGACCAAAUGCGUCACCCCUUUCUAGAGUGCAGAUAACGACACCUCACACCAUCUCAUUCGAACUAGUGUCUCCUCCACACGCAUCGACAUGGUCUAUCGCUUGCACAUCCUCUUCCUCCUGGCCGCACUCGCGUGGCGAGCGGACGGGCAGAAGCGAUGCUACACGUGCACCACGAGCAACCCACCACCCGGCGACCCCUGCGUCGAGGACCCCGCGAACGUCAUGGUCGGAUCUUCCAUCACCCCCUGCACCAAGAAAUACUGCACCAUCUUCCGACAGGAACUAACCGAGGAGAAAGGUAACAUUCGAUCCUUCAGUCGUGGCUGCGUGGACAGGCUCGAUAAGCCGGACGGGGUCUACGAGAACGCCCAUUUCAUCGAGUACCUCAGGAGCUGCCAGACGGACCUCUGCAACAUCGGCGACGGGACCAAGAGUUUGAACGACGGGGCGGCGGGGGGUGGUGGCGGGGGAUUGAUGGGGGACGAGGAGGGGGCAGGGGCAUGCGCAUUCGUCGUCUGCGUUCCGGGGAAGAACGGGAACGCCGAUACCCAAGACGAGAACUUGCUACUGACGGCCGCCGGCGGGGAACUGAAAGCCGCUGCCACGUGUCUGGCCGCGUCGUUCGCCACCGUCUUCUUCCUCGUCGGUUGA